CUUCCUUGGGAAGCUCUGCACCACCUCACCCCCACCCCUGCGCUGCUGGAGCCUGGGGCCACUCUGGUCUGCAGCCCAAAUCCUGCCUCGUUGUGCUGGGGGGCCAGGCUGGGGUUGGAGAGAGGGCCUGGCAGGACGAGUCAGCUGAGACUACUUCUGUACACGGAUGUGGAGUCAAAUGGAGAGCUGCCUGCAGGGCCAUACGAAGAUGUUGCUGUUCCACGUCAAGUUCUGCAGGAGGCCCCCUAUCAGCCUCCAGAGAGCCCUGAGGAGGUGGAACCUUCUCCAGUCCAGGAGGAAGCUGCGUCUCAGCCUCCAGAGAGCCCCGAGGAGGUGCAACCUUCACUUGAGCAGGAGGCCCAGGCUCAGCCUGCAGAGCAUCCUGAGGAGGCGGAACCUCCUCCAUUCCCUCAGGAGGCCCAGGCUCAGCCUGCAGAGCGCCCUGAGUAUGACUCUGCCCCACUCCAGCAAGAGGCCCCAGCGCAAGUUCCGGGGUCCCCUGGUGAGAAUGUACCUCAGUUUCCAGCAAGUGAAGAGGCAGCAGCUCGACCUGGAAGUAACUAUCCAGCUCACUCCAAGCUGUCCAGUGUUACACUUAAACCUGUGGAUUUGGAACUUAUGGUCACUCCAGAGCCUGCUAAGGAAGGCGAGUUUACCGCAGCCCAGCAGGAGCCCCGGCCUCAGCCUCCUGAAUAUUCUGUGGAGGCAGAACCUUCUCCAACCCCGCAGGAUGCCACAGGUCAGCCUCCAGAGCCUCCUGAGGAAGCUGAGCCUUCUCCAGGUGAACAGGGACGACCGGCUCAGCCUUAUGAGCCUAAUGGGGAAGUUGUACCCUUCUCAACCCAGCAGGAGAGCCCAGCUCAGCCCACAGAGCAUCCUGAGGUGGUGAACCCAGCCACCCAGCAGGAGAGCCCAGCUCAGUCUCCAGCAGAGAUAGAGCCUUCCGCAACCCAGCAGGAAAGCACAGCUCAGCGUCCACAGUCUCCCGCUGAGGCCGAACCCUCUCCAGCUCAUUCUCAAGAUCAUGUGACAACAGCUUCUCCUCCAGGCCAGGAUCAAGCUCAGUCUCUGCAGUGGCCCAGUGUCACUGUUAAACCUGUGGACCUUGCACUCACCAUAACUUCAGGGCCCACAAGUGAAGCUGGACCUUCUCCGCCCCAACAGGAGGCCUCAUCUCAGUCUGCAGGGUCCCCUGAGCAGUUGGAACCGUUACUGGUCGAGCAGGAGGUUCCGGAACAGCCUCCAGCCCCCUCAGGAAAUGGUGAACCUUCUCCAGUCCAGCUUGAGCCCCCAACUCAGCCUCCAGAGACCUCUACAGCUGCCACAGCUCAACAUCCAGUACAUAAUGAGGUGACGUUCUCACCUGCAGGGCCAGGUGAAGCUCAGCAUCCAGUGAUGCCUAGUACCAUAGGCAAACCCCUGGAUCUCACAGUUGUCAUCACUCCAGAGCCUGCUAAGGAGGCUGAAAGUUCCCCAGAGCAGCAGGAGGGCUCUGCUCAUUUUCCCGUUUCCCCCGAGCAGGCUGAAAUUUCUCCAGUCCAGUCUAAGCCUCUUUCUCCGUCUCCGGAGCACCCUGGGAAGGUUGAAUCUCCCAGGACAACAAGAGGCCACAGCUCAGACUACAGGUCCCCCUGAGGGGGUGGGGCUUUCUUCGGUCCAGGAGGAAGCCCCGUCUCAACCUCCAGAGCCACCUAAGGAGGUUGAGAUGACAGUUGGAAGACCAGGACAGAAUCACGCUCAGCAUUCCAGCUCGCCCAGUGUCACUCAUAAAGCUUUGGACCUGGGGCUGACCGAGGCCUGGCUCAGACGCAGCAGCCUGAGGGCACCAGGGAGGCCCGGCUGCAGCAGGGGCGGUGGGGUCUGUCCUCUCCCACCCUCAUCUCAGCAUCAGGAAAAUCUGUUCACUGUAGACUGGAGGGACUAGGGGCUGGAGACGGGGGAGAGCCAUGAAAACAGCUCCUUCCUUAAAAGAAAGGGUGGACAAAUCACUCCAUCGUUACUCUUCGUGUCUAGGGAGACAGAGAGAUGGAAAGAGAGACCAGGGUAAGGACUGAGACAAGAAUGAAAAAUACAGAGAAGCACAGAAGUACAGAGAGUCUAGACAGAAAGGUGCCAAGACAGAAAUAGAUACAGACACUGGGAGACAGAGAAACACACACCUGGAGGGUGUCUGGAUGGAAGGUGCUGGGAGACGGGGUGGGGCUGAGUCAGAACUGAUGUGGGGGGAUGGUCGUGCAGGAAGCCGAGCCGCUGAGGCCCUGAGGGUUUGGGGUCCUUGGGGAGUCUGGGACAGAAGGGCCUAGAGCCACGGGUUCCCCACCUACCAGUAUGGCCUAUCCAAGGACGGGGCUGGGGCUGAAGUAGGUGUGCGGAAGUGUAUCCAGUCCCCUCCCAAGGCUGCUGGCCUGGGGUCCCUGGAGCUGGGGACAGGUGCCUGCCUUUCCGCGUCCUCCUCCCGAACUGUGCCAGCUGGCCCCGUCCCCCCACCCCAGGCCAGUGUC